UAGUUUUUGGUGUUCGAUACGCGCGUUGCCUGUUCGGCGGCAUCAUGGCAGUGUAGCGGCGCGCAGCGGCAGAACUUGCAGCGGCAAAUCGGCAGUGCAGCGGUCAAGCGCACUGGCUUUAUUCGGCAAAAUGGCGUCUCCCGUGGCAACCACCCCGAGCUCUGCUGCUAUAGACAGCAUAUCAGCCCUGUUCACCUGCAGCCAUGUCUGUGAUGUCCCCGAUGUGUUUAGAAGACAUGGGGGUCCUGCUCCUGGGGCCCUCGUCUCUGACGGCUGACCCCUUUGGGCCCCUUCUGGACGAAGAUGAGGAGAGCGUUCUUUCAACGGGGUCUUCGUCGCCCCUCUCCUCCUAUGCUGAAUAUCCCUCCUCUCUCUCGCCCCUCUCUCCCUCUCUUUGCGCUUCUGUAGGGUGCAAGUCAGAGCUGUCGUUGCUCUCGUGGCUUCCUGCAUCUGAGCCGGAGCGGAGUAAAGAUGCGUUUUCUGGAAUGGAUUGGAUGACGGAGAAAUUAGACCUGGGUGACUUUGACCUGGAUUCUCUCAUCGGAUCAUGCGAUUCCGACGAGCCUCCCAGUUCUCCUGAAGAUCUUCUCGCGUGCCUGGAGGCAGAUAUGGAUCUGGACCUCAAUUCCCUGCCCUUCAGCUCUUCAGAACUGAAGCUCCCGCUGCCCCUCGACCUCCCCCUGUCAGAAUCCGUGGCUGAGUCAGAAAAAUCACAGGAAUUUUCAGAGAUCAAAUCCGAGCCUCCUUCUCCAGCACCAUCUUCUGAUUCUGCCGUCUCCUCGCCCCACACUCUGGACCUGGGCAGUGAGAUCGACGUGUCCGAGCUGAUGAGAUCCUCCACGCUGCACCCGUCUCCUGGAAUUGAGCUAAAUGCCAGUCCGUUUCACAUCGUGGUGGUUUUGACACCCAAAGAGGAAUUGAGCGUCAGUUCCACCGGUGAUCUGUCGGACAGCGACAGCGGCAUUUCUGUCUCUGAUUCUCCAACUCGUCCACCAGAUCCUGCAGCAUCACCUAAGCCAGCGGGCUCAUGGAGAACAAAACCGUACUCCAGACCUGACCCAGAUGCUGCGUCCGCUGUCGCAGGCUGCGUGAAGACCAAAGUGGUAGAGAAGAAACUGAAGAAGAUGGAACAGAACAAAACUGCAGCGACGCGCUACCGUCAGAAGAAACGCUCGGAGCAGGAGAACCUGAAUGCUGAGUGCACCGAUCUGGAGAGGAGAAACCAAGAGCUUACGGAGAAAGCCGAUUCCAUCAGCCGAGAGAUCCAGUAUCUGAAGAACCUCAUGGAGGAAGUUCGGUCUGCGAAACACCGCAAAGCGAAGGUUGGCUCAUCCUAAAGAUGCCGAACGAGACUAAAUCCAUCAGCUCUUUGUAGGUUUAGAUGCUGCUGUGAUGCCUCUGCAGUUCACUUGAUGUUUGUUCGUUAUCUGGUGUUGGAGACCACCACACCUGCACUUGAGUUAUUCAUUCUUCCACUUGAACCGUUGAUCGUCCAGAAAGGGUCCUUAUGAAUUGUUACACUGAACUUUUUGCUGUAGGGCUUGUACAAAUGUUUGCUCUUUUUGCUCUAUUUAAACAUGCUAAACAUACCAAGUCUGUCGUGGUGAAGUGUGUUUGCUUGUAACAUUGCUUUGCAUUUUUCUAUUAAAGAUGCUUCAAUUGAA